AUGAUUGAUGUAGCUGCAAGGGGAACUCUGAAUAAUAAAACACCAGAAGAAGCCUACAACUUAUUAGAGGAGAUGGCAUCCAAUAGUUAUCAGUGGCCUACUGAGAGGAUACCAGUGCGAAAAGCUAGUGGAGAUCGUGAGGUGGAUGCUUUCACGGCAAUUGCUGCACAAAUUGAAGCACUCAACAAAAAGAUAGAUAAUAUGAGUGUUUCAGGCAUGAAAAUUCAGAAUAUGACAUGCGAUUUUUGUGGUGGAGGACAUGUUAACACAGAAUGUCAGGGUUCUUUGCCUAGCAACACAGAGAAAAAUCCAAUUGAGAAUGUAAAAGCUAUAACCCUAGGAAGUGGUAAACAAGUGGGUGAAGAAGAUACCAAACAAGAGAUUUCCAGAGACAAAGAAGAAGAGGUCAAGAAACAACCAAAUGAGAUAGGCAAGAGCAAACUUUUUCUAGAUAAUCCCAAGCCAUACGUGCCGCCAGUUCCAUUCCCUCAGCGACUCCAGCAGCACAAAAUAGAUAAGCAAUUUUCUAAAUUUCUUGAUGUUUUUAAAAAAUUGCACAUUAAUAUUCCUUUUGCAGAUGCUUUAGCACAAAUGCCUAGCUAUGCAAAAUUUUUGAAGGAGAUUUUUGCAAACAAAAGAAAGCUAGAGGAUUACAAAACUGUGAAGUUGAAUGAGGAAUGUUCGGCCAUCCUACAAAAUAAAUUACCUCCGAAGUUAAAAGAUCCAGGGAGUUUUACAAUUCCUUGCACUAUUGGAGAUUCUUACUUUGAAAAGGCAUUGUGUGAUUUAGGUGCAAGUAUUAAUUUGAUGCCUUUCUCUGUUUUCAGGAAAUUAGGAUUGGGUGAAGUAAAAGCAACUACAGUGUCGCUUCAACUGGCUGAUCGAUCAAUUAAAUAUCCGAGAGGUAUUGUGGAAGAUGUAUUGGUAAAAGUUGACAAGUUUAUUUUUCCUGCAGAUUUCAUAGUUCUUGACAUGGAGGAAGAUUUUGAGGUACCACUUAUCUUAGGCCGUCCUUUUCUAGCAACAGGAAGAGCUCUUAUUGAUGUACAACAGGGGAAGUUGAUUCUUAGAGUUCAAGAUGAUCUUGUUUCUUUCAAUGUUUUUAAAGCAAUGAAAUAUCCUUCUAAUGAUAAUUCUUGUUUUAGAGUUGAGACAGUUGACAAGUUGGUGAACAAUGUUUUUCAAGAAAAUAUUUUUAAAGAUCCACUUGAAGCAUAUUUGAUGGAGGAGAAACUGCUCAGAGUGUUGAGAGAACAUAAAGGUGCAAUUGGAUGGAAAAUAGCUGACAUCAAGGGAAUUAGUUCUUCAAUUUGCAUGCACAAAAUUUUGAUGGAGGAACAACAUAAACCCACUAUCCAACCUCAGAGGCGUUUGAACCCGAAAAUGCAAGAAGUGGUGAAAGCUGAGGAAGGAAUAGUGCUCGGGCAUAAGAUUUCUAGAAAUGGAAUAGAAGUCGAUCGAGCCAAAGUGGAGGUUAUUGCAAAAUUGCCUCCACCAACAUCUGUGAAACUUGUCAGAGGAUUUUUGGGGGAUGCAGGAUUCUACAGGCGGUUUAUAAAAGAUUUUUCUAAGAUUGCUAGACCCCUAUCUAAUCUUUUGGUAAAAGAUGCACUAUUUAAUUUUACUGAUGAAUGCGUGCAGGCUUUUAACACUUUAAAGGAGAAGUGA